ACGACACCUCACUGGACUCCUGGAUCAAGUCGGGGCUACCAUGCCUUGACUUAUGGAUUCAUUGUCGAUCAGCUGAUCAGACGGCUGCACCCCAAAGCCUACACUGUUCCACAGAUUUAUCAAGAAGAAAUAUGGGAAGAAGGUGAAAUGAACAGCUUGUGCAAACGAUCAGAUCUAUACAUUUGUAACUUCAGGCGUUGA